GCGGGCACCUUCGCGGUAAAGCGCAGAUACUCAGUCUGCGCGCUUGCCACAUCCCAGCGUGGACGCGUUCCACGCGGUCGCCCACAGACUCUCGUCCACUUGGCGUGAACCCCACACAAUGGCCGCAACGCUUCACGAUGCGCAAUUCGUGUCCUCGAUGGCGGCAUAGCAGCCUCCAUCUUCUCCGUGGCAAUCCUUGAAGGGGUCGAUGAGCGGCGUGUAAGGCUCUCAGCGCGGAGGAGCUGGCCGUAAAUGAGAGGCCGUCGUCAACAACAUGCCCCCGGGGAAGUAUGGGAUGCAGGAGGAGUGGGAGCGGGAGGGCGAGCGAGGCAUCAAGAUGGACUUCCUGUUGCCCACUGGCAUCUACCUCACAUUCCCGGUGUCUCACAAGGACACCAUCAAGAGCAUCAAGACGAUGGUUUGGGAAAAUGCCAGAGAGGAGGCGUUGUUCAUGGCGCUGGGUCAUCCAGACGCCUACGUCUUCACUUGCAUCAAGCAGACGGGCGAGAGGGAGGAGCUGGAGGAGGAGUCGAGGCGCAUAAGUGACGUCCAGCCCUUCAUGGGUGUUUUAAGGCUGGUGGCCAGGGAGGGCGACCGCGUUGAGAAACUCAACAACAGCCAAAUCAGCUUUUUGAUUGGCAAAGGUCUGCAUGAGUUUGAUGCCCAGAAGAACCACGAGGUGAGUGAGUUUCGGACGAAGAUACGAGCGUUCUGCGAGGAGAAGGCUCAACUGAGGCAGGCCUCCCCAUGGCAACAGUGGAUGGCGUACAUGUACCCGUGUGACCUGGAGCCAUGCUGCUCUUUGCCGAUGUGCGGCAAGUCACAAAACACCAAGAUCUUCAUCAAUAUCCAGUUUGAGGCUUCUGAUGAAAGCUUCAUGGUGCAGCAGGAGCCACAGGACCUGCCGCUGGCUCUGAUGAGGAGCGCCCUGAAGAAGAAGGCCACGGUCUUCCGCUCGCUGCGACAAGAGCCCGAGGAUUACACCUUACAGGUCAACGGCCGGUGGGAGUUCAUCUAUGGGAGACACCCUUUGUGCCAGUUUAAAUACAUUUUCUCUUGUCUGAGAACUGGCCAAAAUCCUCAUCUCACCAUGGUGCACCACUCCACCAUUAGCAAGUAUCAAGAGGAGCACGGGCGGAUGUGUAGUCAGGUGUGCAAGAGUCGCUCCUUGUCCAGACCUCCGCCUCUGCCUGUCAAGAAGCAGAAUACAUCCUCUUUGUGGUCCAUCCAUGAAACUUUCUACAUCCACCUUGUGCAAGGCAGCCGAGUCAAUGCGGAUGAAAGAAUGAAGCUCGUGGUGCAGGCUGGCCUCUUCCAUGGCAGCGAGCUACUCUGUAAAGUGGUGACAAGCUCCGAGGUGGCCGUAUGCUCUGAGCCGCUCUGGGACCAGAAGAUGGAGUUUGAAAUCAACGUGGCGGACCUGCCUCGCAUGAGCCGCCUGUGCUUCGCCCUCUACGCCGUCUUCGACAAGGCCAAAAAGCCCAGAGGCACCAAAAAGAAGAAUAAGAAAGUGGAUUGUCCAAUAGCCUGGGGGAACACCAUGGUGUUUGACUAUAAGGACCAGCUGAAGACUGACGAGGUUCUUUUGUCCACGUGGCCAUCAGUUCCUGAUGACAAAAGUGACCUGUUGAACCCGAUGGGAACAGUUGAGAAGAAUCCCAAUGUCGACAGUGCAGCUGGGCUCCUCAUUCGCUUCCCGAACAUCAGGCCCUAUCCUCUUUACUAUCCUCCGCUAGACAAGAUAAGUGCCAUGGAGACAAAUGGGGAUACAGCUGUCACGACAAAAGAAGAGAACAUAAAGCUGAAAGAAAUAAUGGACAACAAAAACUACACCGAAUGCUUCGAGGACGAGAAGGAGCUGUUGUGGAAGCUCCGCACGGAAGUCCGAGAUCAUUAUCCCGAAAAUCUUUCCAAGCUGCUCCUCAUCACCAAGUGGAAUAAGAGAGAGGAUGUCAUACAGAUGGUGAGUCUUCUGAGAAACUGGCCAGAGCUUCCUGCCAUCCCCGCCUUGGAGCUCUUAGAUUACAGUUUUCCAGACCCCGCGGUCCGUUCUUUCACCAUAAGAUGCCUAAGGAAGCUCAGCGAUGACGAGCUACUGCAGUAUUUAAUCCAGCUGGUCCAGGUCCUGAAAUACGAGUCCUACCUCGACUGUGACCUCACGACGUUCCUGCUGGAGAGGGCUUUAUUCAACAGGAGGAUAGGGCACUUUCUCUUUUGGCACCUCCGGUCAGAGAUCCACGUUCCAUCUGUCAGCUUAAGGUUUGGCCUGAUUCUUGAGGCCUAUUGCAGGGGUAACAUUCACCACAUCAAACUCUUAACCAAACAGAACGAGGCUCAAGGCAAAAUGAAGGUCCUGAGUGACUUCAUCAAAUCGGGUUCCCAGAAAGUGAAUGCUGAGGACCUGAAGCUGUUUAUCAGACAGGAGUCGGAUGCUUUCUCCAACCUGCUGUCACCACUCAACCCCAGCGUCAUCCUCGCUGAAAUCUGUGUAGACAAGUGCAGAUUUAUGGAUUCUAAGAUGAAACCACUCUGGUUGAUGUACAAGAAUCCCUGGACUCAAGGGGACAUGAUGGGCAUCAUCUUCAAGAAUGGUGAUGAUCUUCGGCAAGACAUGUUGACCCUGCAAAUGAUCCAGCUCAUGGAGAAUUUGUGGAAGAAAGAAGGACUGGAUCUCAGGAUGAUCCCAUAUGGCUGCUUAUCCACUGGGAACAAGAUGGGCUUUAUUGAGGUGGUGAAGAACUCAGACACCAUUGCCAAUAUUCAACGAAACAACAGCAACAGUGCGGCAACUGCUGCCUUUAACAAAGAUGCCCUGCUCAACUGGCUCAAAUCCAAGAAUCCAGAAGACAAACUGGAACAAGCAAUCGAGGAGUUUACGCUGUCUUGUGCUGGCUCAUGUGUCGCUACGUACAUCUUGGGCAUUGGAGACCGUCACAAUGAUAAUAUUAUGAUCCGGGAAAAUGGACAGCUAUUUCACAUCGACUUUGGACAUUUCCUGGGCAACUUCAAGCGCAAACUGGGCAUCAACAGGGAACGUGUGCCUUUUAUUUUGACAUACGACUUUGUCCAUGUGAUCCAACAAGGACGGACAAACAACAGUGAGAAGUUUGAGAGGUUCAGGGAAUACUGCGAGCGGGCUUAUAAGAUCCUGUGUCGGAACGGGACGCUGUUUGUCAACCUCUUUGCGAUGAUGAAGGCAGCUGGACUGCCCGAACUCUCUUCCUUCAAGGAUAUUCAGUACCUAAAGGACUCUUUAGCUUUGGGCAAAACAGAGGAAGAGGCACUGAAGAGUUUCAAAGUGAAGUUCAAUGAGGCUCUGCGAGAAAGCUGGAAGACCAAGGUCAACUGGAUGAUGCACUCUCUGGCCAAAGAUAACAGACCAUAAAGGAGAUACCGAGCAGAACUAAAAUGACAACGUCGCGGACCGAAAAAGGCAAGAGAACACAAUCGGACGUAUCAUUUUACAAAUGGCAUUCGAUGACUGUUUACAAGUGGUUGCCCCAUUCGUAAGAAGCAAUUAUGGCAACCGAAGACAAUGGAAUGAUGGUGGAGCCAUAGAUGAGUGGUCGUCUGAAAUAUAAGUUAACCACAACGUUGCACUAUACAAUGUACACCGUCUUUUUGGGACGAGAGUAAUGAUGUGAUCAGAUUUGAUGUAUUUUUAUUUUGUGUCAUGUUAAACACCUGUACAAACAUAUUUUUCAAGGUGUUUUACAGCUACAGGAUAUAAGUUCCUAUGCAGUAUGUUGCCUUUGCAGUGCCAGUAGUUGGGAAAAUUUGUUAACGGUGUAAUUGAUUCGUCCGACACUGACGUCUUUUAGUUUCUGUGAAUCCGAUUCUGUUGCAGUUUCAUUUGAAAAAAAAGUUCAUUAAUAUGAUUACUGAAUGUAUUUUUUUAUUCUUAGGUGCUAAAGACAGGGAUUAGCUUGUUGGUUGUGACUGAUGAGACAUGACAGCAAAAAACAUACUUUCACAUGUCACUUCAUCAAAUAGGGAAGGAUGAAAGCUUUGAUUUUUAAUGGGAUGCAGUAUUCGGUGCCUGAUUUCAUUUCUUUUUUUCCGAUAAUGAAGUAUCAUUUUGACUAUUUUUAUGACAGACAUGUCAGAUGACAUCCCAGAGAUCGUGUCCGUGCUGUCAAACAUUUUACUAUUUGACUACUAUAUGUAACCCUCCGCACAAUUUCCCUUUUUUUGUUGUUUUGGUUUUUUUUCACUUCAUUGUUCCAUUUGAUUGUAUUUCUAUCUUGCUUCAUGUGCUCUGUACCCUGUUUCAGCCCAGGCCAUCCUAUUUGCAGGUGCUUGCAUGUUUUUUUUUUUCUCCCCAGCUAUUUCGACUUCCCCUGACAUUCCACUUUGGUUAAUUGAAGACUCUAAAUUGUUGACUGGUGUGAUUGUAAAUGAUUGUUUGUUUAGGUGUCCGCUGCGAUUGAGUGGCGCUCAGUGCAGGGUGCACCCCGCCUCUCAAACUCAGUUAGGCUCUCGCACACCUGCAACCCUAAUGAGGAUAAGAACUAUAGAAAAUGGAUGGCUUUAUUUUGGGAAUGUUGUAUGAAAAUGUAUAUUUUGUAUUUGAAUCUGUAGUUUAAACGCAUAGGCAAUUUCUAUGACAUGUAUAUUAUAUUGUAAUUUGCAGCACACACCAAUUUUAUACUAUGUAUUUACUAUACUAUAUAUUUCAGCCUAAUUACUGAUAUACUACAUUUACUCAUGUGUCAUGUCUUUGUUUGUCAUAGUUGCUUGUUAUUGCAAUACUAGCGUAGCUCAUACUACUGGAGACAAAUUUCCUGUUUUACAUACUUGUCCAAUAAAGAUGAUUAGAUUAUUCUGAUGAA